CCUGGUAAGGACAUAUUUAAUGCCCGCUCAUCACCAUCUCCGAUUUCAUACCUGACCAUCAGUAGCAGACCAUCUACUGCGCGGUUAGCACUCCAGUUAACAAUCAUAAUUUAACUGGACAAAAUGUGUUUGUGGCUUUUGACUGCAUGUUUGGGUAUGCUGCCCACCAACUCGCCCCCUACAAACGUCAUUGUUGUGGGAGCUCCUCCGCCUCCUAUACUUGUGCCUACAACGACAACAACAACCACAGCGAGCCCUAAUGUGACCGGACCUCCUCCUCCUCCAAUGAACAUGACUGGAGGACCUCCGAUGAACAUGACAAAUGGCGGUGGUGGUGGUGGCGGUGGUGGUGGUGGUGGUGGUGGUGGUCCGCCCACCAUCGCUCCUACAGUUCCGCCGGCAACAAUAGGUGGAGUACUUUUACCUGUUAUUCUUUGCGACAACCCUGAUAUUGUUUGUAUCAUUAAUCUUGACGAAACCGCUGCAGGCAUGCCGUCGAUCGAUCCGCGACUUGGCACCACCCCAGCGCCGUCGGCGGCGUUGCAGGUGCCACCGAUUAUAGGAUACAGUGCUCAAGUGCCGUCUUACAACACCGCUGUGAGAUUCCCGAGGGAGCGAAGGAGUAUUAAAUUAAACACGAUUUCUACCAAUAAAUUGGACAGAUUAGGCAUGGUGAAUACUGCCGGUCAUCGAAUUCGCAAAAGACAAGCAGGUUGUAGGUGCGUAGCAGCAGGCACUUGCACCAAUAAUGGAACUAAUGCUGGAGCCGGUUUGAUUGAUAUUAGAAUUGUAACUCCGGGAGGUGGAUCAGGAACGACUUGUCCUACCGGGCAAGUACUCUGUUGUGGCACCUCGACUACAGUGAUAGCAUGCGGCACUUUGCAGACAGUACCCGCCACAGCGAUCACUCCAGCCGCUGGUCAGGCCAAUUUCGGAGAAUAUCCAUGGCAGGCACUAAUUUUAACAAAACAGAACGAUUACAUCGCUGGAGGUGUGCUAAUUGAUCAGUUCAAUGUUUUAACAGUGACUCACCGACUAUCUACAUACGUUGUAUCAGGCACAGCUCCUAACGUCAAGGUGCGUUUGGGUGACUGGGACGCCGCCGGGACCUACGAGCCGGUGCCAUACCAAGAGUACACAGUCGCCAAGGUGUUCAGCCAUCCCUCCUUCAACCCCACCACUUUGCAGUAUGACAUCACUGUACUGCGACUGUCGACUCCGGUCCCUUUGACGCCUAUGACUGGCUCUGUCAAUACUAUUAACAGAGCAUGCUUGCCAGCCUCCAAUGCGGCUACUUAUACUGGUCAGAGGUGUUGGGUGUCUGGAUGGGGUAAAAAUAUGUUUGGCCUACAAGGGCAAUACCAGCAGAUUUUGAAGAAAGUAGACGUGCCAAUUGUAGACCCAGCAACGUGCCAAACUCAAAUGCAAGCGGCACGUCUAGGCCCCAGCUUCGCUCUUGACACCACGUCCUUCAUUUGUGCUGGCGGUGAAGCAAACAAGGAUGCAUGUACAGGUGACGGCGGUUCGGGGCUCGUGUGCCAAGUCAACGGGCAAUGGGUGGUGGCCGGGCUGGUGGCCUGGGGACUCGGCUGCGCCAAUGCCAACGUGCCCGCCGCCUACGUCAACGUCGCCGCGCUGCUGCCCUGGAUACAGACUCAGGUGGCUACCGCUUAGA